AUGUCCGGACUACACGUUACCUGGAUCGGCCUCGGCAACAUCGGCCGAGGCAUGAGCGCCAACGUCGCUAAGAAAGGCCCCCAAGCCUCUCUGACGCUUUACAACCGCACCACUAGCCGCGCAACAACCCACGCAGAAUCCUUAAAUAACCCAUCCGUUAAAGUGGCCACUACAAUCCCCGAAGCAAUCUCCAACGCGGAUAUCGUCUUCACCUGCCUAGGCGACGACAAGGCACUAGAAAGCGUAAUCUCCAGCAUCCUCUCAAUACCAAACAUCAACUUUGCCACCAAGACAUUCGUCGACUGUUCAACCGUGCACCCAGAUACAUCCCGCGCCACUGGAAAAGCCUUCAACGCCGUUGGCGCAUCAUUCGUCGCAAGCCCCGUGUUCGGAGCCCCAAACAUGGCAGAUGCAGGAAUGCUUAUCAUCGUUCCAGCUGGAAAACAAGAUGCCAUUGCUAAAGCGCGACCUUUCUAUGAGGGCGUCACUGCAUCAAAGACAAUUGAUUUGUCUUCUGGUACUGGUGCUGAUAUUGAUGUUGGAAAAGCUACGACAAUGAAGGUCAUUGGGAAUACAUUUAUUCUUAAUACUGUUGGUGUGCUUGCUGAGGCUAUGACUGCGGCUGAGACUACGGGGUUGGGCGUUGAGCCGUUGAAGGAGUGGAUUGAGAUGUUUGCGCCGGGACCGUUUGCGAAGUAUGCGAAUCGCAUGGUGACGGGUGAUUAUUAUACGAGGGAUGAGCCUUUGUUUGCAGUUGAUCUGGCCAGGAAGGAUUUACGACAUGCGUCUAAUUUGGCUAAAGAGGGUGGACAGCGGAUGAGGAAUGUUGAGGUUACUGAUCAUCUGUUGAGUGUUGUUAAGGAGGAGAUGGGAGAGAAGGGCGAUAUUGCGGGUGUGUAUGGGGCUGCUAGGAAGGAGGCUGGAUUGGAGUAUGGGAAUCAGAACUAA